GUGUAAAUAAUAAACAAAUAAAAUAUGAAUAGUAGAUGGAACAUCACGGAGAAUAUUAGCUGGAAGUAAAAAAUAAGCACACAACUCCAUCAUCUCCGAACACUCCCAAGAAUGACUCACUCACCAUAUCCUUUCUCUUCUUCCCCUAAAUCUACCAUCUCUAACUUCUCUCUCCUCAAACAUUUUGCUCUCAACCAAUACUAACAGAAGAGAGAGAAACAUACUGGAUGUAUGACUAAAACCUCCAUUAAAAUGCCCAUCAUUUUCUCUCUCCUCUUCUUCCUCUCCUUCUCCCAUGGAUUCACUACCUCUACAUUAAACCCCAACCGUCGUAUUCUCCACCAGCCUUUUUUCCCUCUCGAUUCUUCUCCUGCUCCAACACAAUCUCCACCUCUUCCACCACCUUCUACUCCGUCUUCCGAUCAACAACCCUUUUUCCCAACUUAUCCUUCUCCACCACCACCACCUACACCAACAUCUUCCCCAUUCGCUUCUUUCCCUGCCAACAUUUCAUCUCUCAUUCUCCCUCAUUCCCCUUCUUCUAAGCCUGUUUCUAAGAAGCUUGUUGCUGUUACAGUUGCGAUUUCGCUUUCUGCUGCUAUCAUCGCUGCGGUUGCGCUUUUCUUUUACUUUCGUGGGAAACGCAGGCGCACUUAUGGGGAUAGUGAUAAGAUGUCUAGAUCGGAAACUACUACUACUGCAUCCAGUUCUGUGUUUAGAGCUUCUUCUAAUGGUAAUAAUGCCGGUCUUCCUCCUAGACCGCCGAAGCUGAGACACCCAUCUAAUAAUAGCUCUGAGUUUUUAUACUUGGGUACUUUGGUUGAUUCUACCACCAUUAAUGGUAAUGCAGGUCGUGGAGUAAGAGGGGUUGGAGUUCGAAAAAUGGAUUCUCCUGAACUUCAACCGCUGCCGCCAUUAAGCGGGCGGCAGCCAUCUUCGCAGGAACAACAACCGCCACCACAACAGCAGCAACAUGAACAUCAAUAUCAAUAUCAAGCUCAGAUUCAUCAUCAUUAUCAGCAUAGUUAUCAACAACAAUCACAAGAAAGAGUUGAGGAGGAUCAAGAUGAGUUUUACUCACCUAGGGGAUCAGUGAGUGGCAGAGAAAGUGGAUCCGGUUCAAGAAGAGUGUUUGCAGCUGUUGUUCAAGCUCAAGCUCAAGUUGAGAAGCUUAAUGCUGGUGGAGAAGUGAAUUCUGAAGCUUCCUCGUUAUCAUCGUCUUCAUCUAGUAGUGGAUCUCCGUCGCGAUCAGCUACAAUUAGUAUUUCUCCACCGGUGAGUGCGAGUCCGAAGCGAUCAUCAAACCCUAAAUCGUCCCCGGAAUUCAUCGAGCUUCAAGUUCAACCUCCCGUAAUGGCAGCAUCGCCUCCAUUACCAGAGAUUCCGUUUUCGCCGCCGUAUUCUCUCACAUCAUCGCCGGAGAGAGAGAUGGAGACAAUUAAAGAAGAAAAUGAAGCAGAAGAAUCGCCAUUGUUAUCGAACAAUUCAAGCUCUAGUAGAAUGAAUUCUCCACCUGAAUCUCCGAGAUUAUCACCACUGAAUGGAAAAAUUGGGAAGAUGUCACCGCAGGAAAGGGAAUGGGGAGUUUUAGGUCGAAAUCCACGUUCUCCGUCACCAGCAUCGCCAUCAAUGUCGAAUUCUUCGAGCACUCGAAGUCGGAAAUCAUCACCACUUUCAGCACUGAAUCUGAAAUUGCCUGCUUUUUUGGGAGGAGGUAAGAGAAAGGAUUCUCCAGAAUCUACAUCAGUUUCGAAUUCUCCUAUCUCACCUCAUUCUCCUCAAUCGUCAAUUUCUCCGAUUUCUUCAACUGCGUCGCCAUCACAUAGCUCGAGAUCUUAUUGUGCUUCGCCAUUGUCGGCUGCUUCAGGAAGCAGUCGACACUCACCAACGUUGCCAACGUCAACGAAUUCUGUGCCAAAAAAUGCAUCACCUGCGAGGAGCAGCGGCGUUGGGACUUCUGCUCCUCCUGCAGCUCCACCCCCGCCUCCACCGCCUCCUCCUCCAAUGAGGAGGUCCCAAAGUCCACCUCCACCGCCUCCUCCGCCACCUGUGAGUGAACCACAUGUAGCUGUAGCGACACCGCUUAAACCCAUGGCGGUUGAGAAACAAUCGGCUGAAUCAUUGAUGGAUAGUUCUCAUAGCGAGGAGACUACACCCAAGCCGAAGUUGAAGCCAUUACAUUGGGAUAAAGUUAGGGCGAGUUCAGAUAGGGAAAUGGUGUGGGAUCAGCUCAGAUCAAGCUCUUUCAAAUUGAAUGAAGAAAUGAUCGAGACAUUGUUUGUAGUAAAUGCUCCAAAUUCAAAUCAGAAGGAACUGCCUCGGAAACCCGUUCAACCUUCGCCUGUGCAAGAGAAUAGGGUGCUUGAUCCAAAGAAGGCUCAAAAUAUUGCCAUCUUGUUAAGGGCACUUAAUGUGACUAUGGAAGAAGUUUGUGAAGCUCUCAUGGAAGGUAAUGCUGAGAUUCUUGGAGCCGAGCUUCUUGAGAGUUUACUGAAAAUGGCGCCGACUAAGGAAGAAGAGCGUAAGUUAAAGGAUUACAAAGAUGAUUCACCUGUCAAGCUUUGGCCGGCUGAGAAGUUUUUGAAAGCCGUGAUUGAUAUACCUUUUGCAUUUAAGAGGGUGGAGGCAAUGUUAUAUAUGACCAAUUUUGAGUCUGAGGUCGAGUACUUGAAGAAAUCUUUCGAGACUCUUGAGGCAGCUUGCGAUGAGCUUCGAAACAGUAGAAUGUUCCUAAAGCUCUUAGAAGCAGUCCUAAAAACUGGGAACCGCAUGAAUGUGGGGACAAACCGGGGAGACGCUCAUGCUUUCAAGCUCGACACAUUGCUUAAGCUUGUUGAUGUCAAAGGUGCUGAUGGAAAAACCACACUUUUGCAUUUUGUCGUGCAGGAAAUAAUACGAACUGAAGGGCAACGACUAUCUACUGCCGACAACGAAGCUUCAAAUGAUGAAGCCAAAUGCAGGAAACUGGGUUUGCAAGUUGUUUCAGGGCUCAGCUCAGAGCUCACCAGUGUCAAAAAAGCUGCUGCCAUGGAUUCUGAUGUUCUCAGUAACGAUGUUGCGAAGCUAACUUUAGGUCUUGCAAACAUCGGGGAGAUCGUCAGGCUAAACGAACAAUCACAUUUUCAGGAAAGCAAUGGAAAGUUUUCUGAAUCCAUGAACAGAUUUAUGAAAAUGGCAGAAGAAGAAAUCAUCAGAGUUCAAGCGCAGGAAAGUGUGGCUCUUUCGUUAGUGAAAGAGAUUACAGAAUACUUCCACGGCAACUCAGCUAAGGAAGAAGCGCAUCCAUUUAGAAUCUUCACGGUUGUGAGGGACUUCCUUACAAUCUUAGAACGCGUCUGUAAGGAAGUAGGCAUGAUCAACGAACGGACAAUAGUCAGCUCUGCGCAUAGAUUUCCCGUACCAGUGAACCCAAUGCUCCCUGUUCCCGUAAAUCCAUUCCUUCCCCAAGUGUUGCCGGGUUUUCCUGGCCGGAGACAGUCUAGUUCCUCAGAUGAUGAUACACCAUAGUGUUGGUGAGUUAGUUGCCUGGUUAGAGAGGCUCUGUAUAAAAAAACUGGCCUGCAGAAUUUUUUUCUUUUUAACAUCUAAUUAUAUGUAAUUUCCAUAUUUUGUAAUUAUUAUAUAAAUAUAGUUUUGAAAAAUGAUUUUGAUCA